UUCACAGGCUUAGAUAGAGCGAGCCUAACGAGAUCAGUAAAUGGGUUUUUGUACGAUCAAGAAUAGAGCAAUGACUAAUAACAAGAGACAAAAUAAAAAACUAAACCGAAAGUAAAGAGUUCAAGAAGCGUGUUCCGAAUGUUUGCUCCAAAAGGAGUAAAUAUAGAAUGUGAUGUAUUGUCAUCUGCAUCUACAUCAUCAUCGUCGUCAUCAAUGACUGAAAGACUCAACAGUAACAAAUGGUGUAAUAAGUUCAUAGCCACAAUGAACUAGCACGUGAUUAGUAAAUAACUGUCGAUUUAUCUCUACUCUGCUAUUGUUUUUACACUUAUAUACAUUAUAGAUAAUUGUCGCGAGUGAUUGUCGAUCGUGUCACCCUCAGUAAAACGAAAAUAGCGCGGACGAGUACGCGUCACCUCCAUCUGUGAGUUGAAAGCACAGUUGAAAGACGGGAUUGUUUACAGCUCGUGCUUCAUUUCCCCCUCCCCUUUUAACAACAUCACCGUCGACCUCUUCCGCCUUCACCACCACCGCCACAAACACCGUGUUCAGUCCAGUCUGUUGCAGUCUGUUAUUGAAGAGUUGCCGUGUUCAAGUGGGUCUACCGAUGUAGCAUCGAGUUACCGUUCCGUGAAACGAAACUUUUCUACGUACAGCUUCACGUUGGGCUAUGGCUACGUCUUGAAGAAAAUUCCCACGAUGUAAAUGCCACACGUAAUGGACGAUAGUGGUCGCUGCUCUUUUGAUAAUGACAAAAAUCGUGUCCUAAUGACACGCGGGUGCUAUUUUUUACGUCUGUGAAUACAAUUGUAAAUAACACCAACCGCCUGAUACCCUACAUAUUGAUGAGAUACACACGCAUACGUACAUAACCCGCAUUGUACUUGUGAUACGAAAAAAAGCAACUGGGCGCUAUUGAUAACCGAGGUUCAACUCUCCAUUGAUGGACGAUCAGGCUACCGCAACGUGGUCGAAUGGGUCAACGCCGACGGAAGUCCCAAAUUAACCUAACGAAACCAACGAACCGGAGAGGAGUCUAUCGAUUAUGAACGCGAGGACGCAGCUUUUUGAGCUCAGCAUGGAGGGGCGUCAGGUGGACGAGGCAGUGGCCGGAAUAUUCCACAGUGUCCUGUUCCACAGGACCUUAGGAAAAUUUAAAUAUAAACAAGAAGGAAGCUACUCGGUUGGGACGGUUGGCUACCAGGACGUUGAUUGUGAUUUUAUAGACUUUACGUACGUCUGUUGUUCGUCAGUGCAUCUCGACGAAAUUCUGAAACGAGAAAUAUCUGGCUUCUCAGAGGCGCUCAGGUCUAACGACGGACCUGGGUCAGGACAGAUAUCUCUAGAAUUUUUUCAGAAGAAAAAAAAUCGCUGGCCUUUUCAGCCCGAGUGUAUACCCUGGGAGGUAUGGACAGUCAGACUGGAGCUGAUAAAGUUAGUUACCGAACACGAGAGGCAGAUAUGUAGGGAGAAAGUUGGCGACCUACUUACAGAUAAAAUAUUGUACAUAACUGAAGUUAUGAAUCGACAUGAUUACGUACCAAAAAUGCCUAAUCAGGCUGAGCUAGACCUCAUAUUCGAUACCUCAUAUCCGGACAUUCAACCAUACUUAUUUAAGUUAUCGUUCACCACAUCUGGUCCUUCUAGUACGACAAUGGGUAACACUAUGAAAAAAUUGAUCAAAGAGACGCUGUCCAUGUAAUAAUAGUUCACGAUUUUAUGCAACGUUUUUUCUAUUCGAUUUUGGCAGUGGAUUGGGGAAAUAAAUUCGUAGAUAUAAAACUGAUGUGAUUGUUACGCCUCAGUCUUCCUCAUAACAAUCGUCGACUGGCCAAACCGAGCAGAUAAACUGUAUGAAUUUGAGGUUUAACCUGUUUAUUCUAAGUACGUAUUAACGAACUCUAGUUAUGGUUAUACUGGAAAUAGAUAUAGGUUGUUUCUUUUGUGUUCUUUUGUUUACUAAUAUUUAAGAUUAAAUGAGAAAAUGUGGCAGGUGGCAUAAUGCAGCUGAUCGUGAUACAGCUUGUACCUACGUAUGACUUUGUAUUUUAUCACACAAUACGAGCCGAAGAAUUGGAUGGAAACGGCAAUUUAUAAUUUAUGUAAUAUAAAGUAAAAUUAUUAUUACUAUACCGUCUAAUAGAUUAUAUUAGAAAUGAUAUAUUAAAAUUAUGAAUGAGAUUUUUAAUAAGCAUUUUAAGUACAGUCGGAAUAUCAUUUUUUACGUAAUUUUUCCAUUUGCCGUUCUCGCCGCAAAAAGAAAAUCUCCCCGGCCUCUGCUCUCUUUUUUUUCUUAAAUUAACAGUCGUUAUCAAAGAUUGUUAUAACAGUUUGUGAAACCAGCGAAGCAGGGGUUUUUUUUUAAAUAUCGCAAUUGCUUGUGGAAAUACUAUUAUUUAUAAAUACAGUAGAUUAUAAAAAAACAAAAAAUUAAACUGCAAGUCAAGUGUUUCAACCCUAUGUAGGAAGAAAAGAAGAUGCACUAAUAUUCUCAUGGUUGAUAUUGCUAUUAUAUUAAUUUAAUUUCCUUGUUUGUGAAUCAAUCAUGCGUGCAAUAUAUUAAAACUGUAUGAAUGGAAAACUAUUAUCAUAGACGAGCGAAGAUAUAUUAUUUA